UGGCAGGCGCAGCACACAACUCCGUCUUCCACUUCGGCCGCUGCUAAACCCUUUCAAAAGAACCCCCAAAUCUCCCACACUCCAAACACGAAACCCUAGCUCGCUUCCUCCCCUUUGCCGUCCCCAUGGCGCCAGGGCUCAAACGCUUCACCGACGUUGCGGGCGACGGCACACCUCUCCUUGAUGGUGCCUCUGGCGAGGAGCUCGUCCGCGUGGAGCGCGCCGCUUCUGUUGCCCUCGGCCCCCGCGCGCCGGAGGCCCCGGGAACCCUUUUCGUCACCACUAGGAGGGUGAUUUGGCUCAGUGAAGCGGAGAAGGGCAAGGGCUACUCGGUGGAUUUCCUGGACAUCACGCUGCACGCUGUGUCGCGUGACCCGGAGGCGUACCCCUCUCCCUGCCUUUACACGCAGCUUGAAGCUGAAUCUGGCUCCGAUGAAGAUGCUGGCAACUUAGAUUCUGAAGCACUUGGUGAUUUACAGCUAGCAAAAAUCGCCGAGAUGCGUAUUAUACUGUCAGAUGCUUCUCAACUAGAUUCACUUUUUGAUGUCUUCUGCCAGUGUGCUGGACUGAACCCUGAUCCUAAUGUUGAUGAGAAUGAAGAGAAUAGCUGGUUCCAUGGUGAAGAUAUGGCUGAUGGUGGCUGGAUUCAUGGUGAUGAACACAUGGCGGAUGCAAUUGACCCUGAGUUUUUUACUGCCAACCCGAUUGGUCAAAAUGAUGGGUAUGAUCUCAAUAGUUCUGUACUUGAGCUUCAAAUCAAUGACCAGCGUUUCGAGGAUGCAGAUGAAGAGCAGGUGCCCCGAGAAAAUGGGCAUUAGAAGCGAAUAUACGUUCAUUUUUACGUAUCAUGUUCCUCAAGAGGACCAUGUGAUUAGUUUGGUUGAAGAGCACUGUCGGUGCUGCUUGGUUUGCCUCAUACUGUUUUGUCGACAGUGUUCUUUGUCCUUCCUAGAUGCUAAUAGGGUCAAUGGCAACCGUGUAGAGUUGCAUCGAUGGUAACUUUUGUGAGAGAAGGUCUUGCUGCUGGUCAAGAAUGUAACAUGUAGAGCUUGGUGGAGAAUCGAAUGGACGGGGUCCAAUAACUUUUUAUUUUAUCUAACCAAUACAAGGGGAAAGAUGGGGGUAUAUCAUGGUACUAUGUACUCCGUAUUACGUAGGACCUAGAGAUUCAAGUAAAACUGGCUGGAAAUGUAUUGCGUUGCUGGAAUAGUCUUCA